UCACCGUAGAGCAGGUUGGCGUCCGGCAUGGCCCUGAAGACAGGGUCCACCUUGCAGCACAGCAGCCGCCUGUGAAAUCCAGCAAGAGACCCCGCAGGCAAAGCAUCCCCUGCUGGAACCCACACCACACUCUCAAGCAGCAAGGACUGCCCUGAGCCAGCAAGACCUCUCCUGGGACUGACCCCAGGACAAUGAUGGGCCUGAUCUCAGUGCCCCCUCUACACGCACCCACUGGCCUCCACUCCCCCCUGCACGCACCACCAGCCUCACUGCCUCCUUACAUGCACCCCCUGCCCCCCUGCACGCACCCACCUGACCCCUGCAUGCGACCCUCCCUGCAAGCACCUGUGGACCCCCGAGCACACACCCACAUGCUCCUGCAUGCACCCUCCCAGCACGCACCCACCUGACCCCCUGCAUGCACCUGUGGACCUCCCUGCAUGCACCCACCUGCCCCAAUAUAUGCACCUGAGGGCCCUCUGGCACACACCCACCUGCCCCCUUGCCCCAAUGCAUGCACCUUUGUGGCCCCAUGUAUGCACCCACCUGCCCCUCUGCCUACCUUCACGCAUCCCCCUGGACUCCUGCAUACACCCGCCUGCCCCCCUGGAUGCAGUCACCCACCUUCAGUCCCCCUGCACACACUCAUCCGCCCCUCUGUAUGCACCCAUCUGCCCUCCUGCCCCUUUCACUCACCCACCUGUCCCCCUGCAUGCAUCCACUUGCCUUCAUUCCCUCUGCAGGCACCCACCUACACCCUUGCACAGACCCACUUGUCCCCUGCUCACACCCACCUGCUCCUCUGCAAAUACCCAUCUGCCACCGCACACACCCACCUGGUCCCCUGCAUGCUCCCACCUUCCUCCGACCUUGCUGCACACACCCGCCUGUCCCAAUACACCCAUCCACCUGCCCUCUGCAUGUACCCGCAAGCACCCCUGCAAUCACCACAUGCCCCUGCUCCCUUGCACACACCCACCUGCCCCAUUGCACUCACCCAACAGUCCUCCUGCAGGUACCCAACUGCCUUCAUUCCCCCUGAAGGCACCCACCUUCCCCCUGCAUGCAACCACCUGCCUCCCCUGGCCUUCUGUAAACACCCCUCUGCAAGCACACAACCGCUCCUGCACAUAUCCACCAGCCCCCAUACACCCACCCACGCGCCCCCUGCAUGCACUCAGGAGCCCCACUGCAAUCACCCAGCUGUCCCCUGCCCCAGUGCACGUACUCACUCACUCCCUUGCAUGCACCCACCUGCCCCUCUGUACUCAUCAACCUGCUUCCCGGCAUGCACCCACAAGCCUCCCCUGCCCCACUGCACACGUGCACCUGCCCCCAUACAUACACACACCUGGCCCCCUGUAUGCACCCACCUACCCCCCUGGCCUCUGCACCACUCACCCUCCCCCUGCCUAUCUUCAUGCACCCACCUGCCCACCUGCAGCUACCCUCCUGACCCUCUGCAUGCACCACCUGUCCCCCUGCAUGCACUCACCCACCUUAACUUUCUGUGCACUCAACCACCUGCCCCCCCUUGCAUGCUCUCACCUGUCUCCCUGACCCCUGCACCCACAUGCCUGCCCCUUUGCAUGAAUCUACCUGCCCCCUUGCCCCCCUGCAUGCACCCAUGAGCUCCUUGCAUGCAGCCACCUGCCCCACUAUACCUACCCACCGUCACUCCUCCCUUCACGCAGCCACCUGCCCCCCUGCCCCUGGCAAGCACCCAUGGGCACCCUUGCACACACCUACAUGCACCUCUCCAUGCACCCACAGACCUUCACUCUCCCUGCACAUACCCACUGGCCCCCCUGCACGCACCCUCCUGCCUCCGUACAUGCACCCACUGGCCCUCUGCCCACACUCAGUUGCCCUCCUGCAUGCACCCAUCUGCCCCUUAGCAUGCACUCACCCUUUUUCAACACCCCUGCACACACCCAGGGGCCUCUGUCCCACAUCUUCCUCUGGGACCCCCUUGCCCUGGUUACAGGGUACUGCAGUUGGAGGGAAGAGACGAGGCUGAGCACUCCUGGGGAGACCAGGUGCACCUGCAGAAAAAUUCCGGGGUGCCACUUCCCAGGGAGGAUGAAGGGGAGCCCAGACCUGCAGCAGGUGCAGCUGAGCCCCUGAUGCCCUGAGAGGCUGCACGACAAGACUGGAGCCAGGGAAGCUCUCAUCCAAGUUGGAACAUGAAGAGGAGAGUUUCCCUUGGGAUCUUUCUGGAUUCAGAUCCUACGUAGCUGGAAGUUUAUCUCAGGGGAACCCCAUGAGUGGAACUUUUGACUUAUUGCCCUACAACAUCCUCCCUGGAGGGAACGUCUGCAUGGGUGGCAAGAUGAUUCUUCCACAUGGCUGUGGACGGCUGUGGGCCUCCAGGCGGGUGCUGCUCUGCCCUCGGCAGUGUCCCUGCUCUGCUCUCACCCUGCAUUCUCCUGGUGUCUGUGAAACAAGUAGAGAAAUGGAAGAGAAAGUGAAACUUGGAAGAGUCUGCAUCCCCUUACGUGCUCAGGGCUGUCAGACCUGACAUGCACGCAAUCCACUGUGAGUGUGGACAGAGGAAACACCCACGGACACUCAAAGGCCAUUGGCAUGAGUCAUUACUAACAGUCACAGCGGCUGCAGUUUCAAGGCCUGGAUCAGGUCCUCCCGAGACACACCAACAGACCAGAGGGUCUAAUGGCCCCUCUGCCCAUAAACAUUCACAGCAGCUGGGAAGGUGCUGGUCCCACAUGAUGGACUGUGACAGCGCCUCUGUGACCCUUCUGCUCAGAGCAGCCUGGGCUGCAGGGACCCAUUUCCAGCCUGGCCUCCCUGCCCUGCACAGCACCUUCUCUCCAGCAUCUUCCCUGUUUCUGUGUCUCUCAUCCCUUUCCGUCUGCCUUUCCGUCCCCUGUCCCUAACUUCCUGCGGAGUAUUCCUACAAGCCAGCAGUUCAGGUUGGUGGAAAGUGGGUGGUCGGGAGAGGUUCGCCACACUCAGUGAAUUUCAGGACAUUCUGGCUAUUUCCUCCCAGGCUAAAAGACCACCCAGCUCCCCAGGUGCAUCCUGGCCCUUUACUGGCAGUGAGGGCACUGUUGAAAUCUUCAUUAUUUGAAAAUAACAAGUGUUGGUGAGAAUGUGGAGAAG